CUAAAAUACUCAUACGUAUAUUGUUGCCGAUCAUGUCGUGUAAAUCGUUUAGUAUAUGUGUAGUUUUAAAUAUUUUAGACGUCACGUGUCCUGGUGUAUGGAUAUGUCCCAAAGGAAUGAUAUAUCUCGAUAUUUGGUUAUUUGGGUGUAACAAUAGUACAUCAUAUGUAGAACCCAAAUUUCCUUUAGUUUUCAACGAAAAAUUUAACUUCCACAAAACCUUUGCAGAACUCUCAAACUUGAGAGACAUUCAGAAAGUUUUAGAAGAAAAAUGCAUGAGAAUAGCAUUAGUGCAAGCCUACAAAAAGAAACAGGUCACUUUAGCCACAUACAGCUCCUAUGUCGAUGAAGUAUUAUACCCUGAACGUAGCCGAUUGAGUAAAAAUGGCGAAUUGGCAUUGCUCAUGAAAAAUGAACCUUUAUUUCCGGGAACCAUUUCACCAAAAAUUACUCUGAUCACCAAGACCAGUGUGACAGAACAAAUAAACGUAAUUUCAUGUGCAAAUCAUUCCUCACCACAAUAUUUAGAAACGCCAAAUCAGCCAAACAGAAUGAAAAGAGUUCAUCACUCUAAAACCAUAAAUUCACCAUGCUCACAAAAAACAGAAAAUAGGACAAUUAACAACGAUAAAAAUAAUAAUUCAGAUACAGACACAGAUAGCCAACUAUAUUGCUUAAGAAGAAUAAAGACCAAUAAUAACAUAACGGAUUUGGAGAGUCGUUCAAAAAAAUCUUGCAAACACUGCGAAGAUGUGAAUGGAUCCAAAAUAAACGAGCAUAUAAAAGAAACCAGUGAUCGUAAAAUUAUUAAGGAGUCUUUAAAUUUGAAACAUAAAUCUUUGGAUAAUGAUGAAUGCAAAAAUACGGGAAUUACAUCAAAUAAAUUUCGUAAAAAUAUAAAAGCGAAAUUCAACGUUGGAGCACAUCACUAUAAGUGCUGUAAAUCAAAGUUAAAUAAUAGCAGCAGUACUAUUGAAUCAAUAAAUACAAGUGAUGAAGAUCCUAAAUAUGAAGAAAAAAACACGAAUAUCCCUGUAAUACUUGAGAAAUCAGACGAAGAACCAAAGAAAAUAAAUCCAAAGAUUAAAGCUCGCUUACAUUUGGAUGUGUACAGCUGCAAAUGCGGAAUGCCUGGCUGUAUGUUAAGCCCUAGCUGGAGGAAUAUAUGCAAUGAAAUAAACAGGAAAGACACCGUAGGAGAUGCAGUUAAAUAUCAAAUAUCUUUGAGAAAUUACUAUAAGAGGCUUUACGAAGAGACUACAAAUCAACUUGGUAGAAAUCUCCAACUACUCUGAUUCUCUAAUUUUCCAUAGUUUUUAACUUGAAAAAAAAAAUUUUAUGAAUUUAAUAUGUAAUAUUGUAAUGUUUUAUGUUUUAUUGUGUAAAAAAUACUAAAAUAAUUAAUAAUAGUUAUGAAAAAAAUUACUUUUAUAGAUACUAUUGAUG